GCCGGAUGCGGGGCUCCGGGCGUCCCCGUGAGGCUGCGGGCGAUCGGGAGUCCUUGCGGUGACCGGUGCUCGCUGCUGAGCACGGUCCCCAGAGGCUCUUGGCCCUGGCGUCGUCCUCCUGUCAAGCUAAGCUGGUGUCGGCGGCCCGGGGAGCCAGUGCGCUUUUGCUGGGUCCCUAUGCGGCCCUCCUGGUGGCCGAGGAGAGCGCUUUCGCUGAGUCCCUACCGGGCCCGCAUGGUGGCCGAGGAGAGCGAGUGACCUGCAGGCCCUGGGCCGGAGAGGGCAGCCGUGUACUGGGGUCGUGCGCUCAGAGCGCCAAGGGGCACAACUUGAGAUGAGACUGUCCAGAGUGGGCUGCGCUGGCGGUUUCAUUUCCGGGUGUGAUGGCCCGGCGAUUAAGAGCGAGCCCAGACGUCGCCUUGAUGAUGAAUGUGAACGUUGUCAGGCUGUGUCCUUGAUUGUGGAGUCUGAUAAGACAUUCUUUUUAAUCAGGAGUCAGUGAUCUGUCAGGCUUCUGAUAAAAAGAAGAAAAGCGGGGAACAACAGGGCGUGGAUGGUCCUUAUACAAUUAUUUCGUUUAAAGACUGUGUCUCCAGUAGGAUGGGACAUGAAUUAGCUCCCUUUGACUACCAUUUCAGCCUGAAGCCAGAAACUUCAGCCUUCAGAUUGAUUUCACACCUGUACCACUGGACUCUUGAGCAAAGGCCUGUAGAGUAAGAGGCCAUGUUUCCUUCCCUCUGAAUCUAUAACGCUCUUGUAGAAGCACUUUACAGUCAAAGGAACCGUGGAGGUGCUGCAGUGAAGAAAUGUGUAAUCAUGGAGUCUCCUUGCUAAUCGUCGCCACCUGUCCCCCGUGAUAAGCCGGCAGGGACCAGCAGGGACGUGGGUCGAGGAGGAGAGGCCACCAUGAAGCUGAAGCAGCGGGUUGUGGUGUUAGCAAUCCUGCUCGUCAUUUUUAUCUUCACCAAAGUGUUCCUGAUAGACAAUUUAGACACAUCAGCUGCCAACCGAGAGGACCAGAGGGCGUUUCACCGCAUGAUGACCGGCUUGCGGGUGGAGCUGGUGCCCAAGCUGGACCACACCCUGCAGUCUCCUUGGGAGAUUGCAGCCCAGUGGGUGGUGCCCCGGGAAGUGUACCCUGAAGAGACCCCAGAGCUGGGAGCAGUCAUGCAUGCCAUGGCCACUAAGAAAAUCAUCAAAGCUGACGUGGGCUACAAAGGGACACAGCUGAAAGCUUUACUGACUCUUGAAGGAGGACAGAAAGUUGUCUUCAAGCCUAAGCGGUACAGCAGAGACUAUGUGGUAGAAGGGGAGCCAUACGCUGGUUACGACAGACACAACGCAGAGGUGGCGGCCUUCCAUUUGGACAGGAUUCUGGGUUUCCGCCGAGCUCCCUUGGUCGUUGGCAGAUAUGUUAACCUGCGAACAGAAGUUAAGCCUGUGGCCACGGAGCAGCUGCUCAGCACCUUCCUCACUGUAGGAAACAAUACUUGUUUCUAUGGGAAGUGCUACUAUUGCCGAGAAACAGAGCCAGCAUGUGCUGAUGGAGACAUGAUGGAGGGCUCCAUCACACUUUGGCUUCCAGAUGUGUGGCCUCUGCAGAAGCAUCGGCAUCCCUGGGGCAGGACUUACCGAGAGGGCAAAUUGGCCAGGUGGGAAUAUGACGAGAGUUACUGCGACGCUGUGAAGAAAACAUCCCCCUAUGACUCAGGCCCACGCCUCCUCGACAUCAUUGACACGGCUGUCUUUGAUUACUUGAUUGGCAACGCUGACCGCCAUCACUAUGAAAGCUUUCAAGAUGACGAAGGCGCUAGCAUGCUUAUUCUUCUGGAUAAUGCCAAAAGCUUUGGGAACCCCUCGCUGGAUGAGAGAAGCAUCCUUGCCCCUCUCUAUCAGUGUUGCAUCAUUCGGGUUUCAACUUGGAAUAGACUGAAUUAUCUAAAGAAUGGAGUACUAAAGUCUGCCUUAAAAUCUGCCAUGGCCCAUGACCCCAUCGCCCCUGUGCUCUCCGAUCCACACUUGGACACUGUGGACCAGCGGCUUCUGAAUGUCCUGGCCACCAUCAAGCAGUGUACCGACCAGUUUGGGAUGGAUACUGUGCUGGUGGAAGACAGGAUGCCUCUCUCCCACUUGUAACUCUCAAACAAGUGGAACUGAUUUUUACAAAGAUAGAGAAACAGCACAAUCAAUUCCAAAUGGCAUGUGAUGGCCUGCAAGUGGCCACAGCAGGUGCUGGUGAUAGAAGACGUGGCCCUGGGAGUGCUCGGUGUUUUCUGCAGUGCAAGCUAAAGGCCACAGAUCAGCAGGGCGUCUGUGCGGGGUCAGCUCUCAAACUCAGACAGCCACUCUGCCCAGUCUUCGUUACCACCCACACCAGAGGACUGGCAGGUUGAUAUCGGCUAAGGAAUGGGUUCCAGAGUAUGUGUCUGGGGCUAGCCUUGCUCUCCUUUCUCACAGCCAUGGAUUCUCUGAAAACACUUUGUAGUCCCUGUGUCUUUAAAAAACAAAAAACCAGAACUAGUCAGAUUGAAAAACAGACUGUUCCUCCAGAGUGGCAUCAGACAGAAUAGCAGUCUGCUCCGGGAAACCCGUUUUUAGGGUAGAUUGGAGGAUGGGGAAGGGCAGGAAGAUCUUGGAACUCUAGGCUAUUGAGUAGCAUGGAUUUGACAUCUCAGGGAAGAGAAGAGGGAGGGGCUCACUCUAUAGAACCAGGAAGAUAAUUGACUUAGUGAAAACAGCUUCCUCUAGGGCUUAGGUUCUUAGAUAUGUCCAAAGCAAACAGUCGUCCCCGGCUAUGUUCACACUAACCACAGUCAUCUCUAGAGGAAAUAUUAUUACAACCCAAGCAUGAUCCUCCAUGGACACUAAUUUACCCCAUGCCCACCUUUUGCCCAAAGUUGCAAAACAAAUUGAAACUGUGCUCUCUGCCCUCCCCCCACACACACCUUUCCCCCCCUUUCAAUGGCAUUGUUUAUUUUGAGGUAGGCUAUAGCCUCUUAUUGUAGCCUGUGCUGAUCCGGAACUUAACUGUAUAACCCAGCUCACUUUGAACUGGCAGCAGUGCCGUGGCCUCAGCCUUCCCCAUGCUAGGAUGAUAGGUGUGAACUACAUGCCCAGCUCUCUCAUGUCUGAAGUGCGCUCACACCCUGUGAGGUGAAUGGCUUGUAAGGCAUUUGAUCAAUGGUGCUGUUCCUAGGAGGUUAGUGGCCUUGUCUGUGCCUUUCUUAUGAGAAAGUGUCCUGGUGGCUGGACUAAGCUUGUGAUGUGUGCCCUGCAGGUAACAGAGUGAAAGAUUUUAAGCCUCUGAGCCUUGAAACUGAGGAGAUCACAAAGAGCCUUAAUAUUUUGGUUCAUACCAAAUCCAAAUUUACUUUCAUUCGGAGUUCCGAGCCCAUGGUGUAGUAGAAUUCUUCAUCUCUGAGUCAGGGUCAGCGUUAGUUCUGUGCUCUGUCAUUUGAUAGGUAAGCAGCUGCCACAUGGCUAGGGAAUGUGUCUGGGACAGUAGCUGCACUCAGACUGUGUUCCCUUGACAUCUUGUCCAGUUCUGCACUUAUGUCACGAGAAGCCUUUCCACACUGGCUUGACAUUUAAUGCCAGCCACAGAGCCUGGCUUGAGGCAACUCCCUUUUGAGUUUAUCCCCCUACCCCUUCCCGUUUCUCACAUUAAAACCUAGUGGCAAGUAACCACUUUUCUCUUUUUUUCUUUUUUUCUUUUUCUCUUUUUUCUUUUUUUUUCUUUUUCUCUUUUUUUUCUUUUUUUUCAGAGCUGGGGACCGAACCCAGGGCCUUGUGCUUGCUAGGCAAGCACUCUACCACUGAGCUAAAUCCCCAAGUAACCACUUUUAAAUGGCAUGAAAUUAGGAAAAUUUGUACAUUUAAUGUACACUUUGAGGUAGGUUAAGAAAUACUGCAUAUUUCUUUUUCUAAAUUGUGGAUAUUGAACUUAAGAAAACAAACAUUAGCACAAAACACUAACAUAGUGUUAACAAAGGAGAUAUUGAGCCGGGCAGUGGUGGCACACCCCUUUAGUCCUAGCAUUCAGGAGGCAGAGACAGGCAGAUCUCUGAGUUCAAGGCCAGCCUGGUCUACAGAGUUCUAGGACCAAACCCAAAAAACAAAAGGAGGUAUUAAGUUUCCAGGCUGCUUGCUGUGUACAUCAAGAAAAUUCACAGUUGAAUUUUGAGAUUAGCUGGUUAUUAGCAAUUUCUGCCUGGAGCCAGCAGGGUGGGUGGACAACAGUGCGCCCUCCCCCCAUUGCUGAUGAAGCUGCAGCUCAGCGUUCCCUCGGGCACCUCAGUGAAGAGGUGCGCCCAGACAAGCAGCCUCACUCACUCAUGUUCCUUCAGAGCAGUUAGAGAAAAGUCCUCUCACACUUCAUUUUCCCACUCAUGGCCCUAGAAGGUGCUCAGCUCCACAGUGGACAGAGUUAGUCAGGGCGGCUCGGCAGUUAGAGUAUAAAGUUGUGUUCUAACUGGGAUUGGACUAAGUUAGGAAAGGUACAUUUGAGUGAAUUUUGGCGUGGCAGGAGGAGGUCGGCUGUAUGCUUCCAGCCCCAAAUUUAUAGACAGAAACAAAGUUCUGUCGGGGAAAAAGAGAUAUAUAUUUUUUAAAGUAUUGUAACUCCAGCCUCUUUUUGGGUCGUUUACUGGAUUAGGACUGUUACAAUCAAGGCCCUGGGGGAUUUCGGUCAGCUCUAAAUUAGUUUAGCCAACUGAACCUCUGCAUAGAUGGAUGCACUCAAUACAAAGCCAAGAAAUCCGAAUCCAUUGCUAUUUCCUCCCACUUCUUAAAUAUAUAUGUAUUCUGAGGUGGAAAUGGGGGAGAUUUGAAUAUAGAAUUUUUAUUCUCAAACUCUACUUAAUCUAAGGCUGCAUUGUACUUUGGGAGAGCUCUAAGCACCUUUAAAACAGUCGUCUCUAAUUUGCUGUAGAUGUUUGGUAUUUUUUAAGGUUUGUCUCCCUGUUUGCACUCAGGGUUAAAGUGUCAGACUAAACUUUUAGAAGAAAAUAGAGAAAUUCAGGACCUCAUUACAGAUUAUUCAGCAAAGUGGACCCUGAUGCUUUCUCGAUUUCCCCAGUGCUGGAGACAGCAUCUCCAUCCAAAGAAACACAUUUUCUUUAAAACUCUCACACUGUCUUCUCCCCCCUGCUUCCUGUUCCUUCAGCCUCCCUCCCCUUCCCUCCCUGAUACCUCUGAUUAUCUUGUGAUCACCUGCUGUCGUCACACUCUCCUGAGCCCUGAGAGCAGGGUUUUGGGAUAGGAGGUGGAGGUUUGGGUUAAUAUGGCCGUGUAUGCAUUCUACCAAGGAAAAUGUUCUUACGUUGACACAAGGAAGUACUGACUCACUGGCACUGAGAAAGGACUCGGCUACUUAGGGUUGGCAUGCACACCCAGCCUUUCCUGGGCAGCCUGCUAAGCCAGGUGACUGUGUGCUCUGUGGGGGGCUGGCUCUUCUCCCCUUAUUUCUCUAGUCUGGGUGGUGAGUGGGGGCUGUCACUCUACUGUCACGGUUUUUAGGACCUAAGGUGAUCCUCAUAAACUCUUGGGGGAAGCUGGGAGUAACUUACUGGGAAGCUAAUUUAUUUGUCUGAAGGGUGGUGGAGGGAUCACUGCCCUUUGAUCUGCCUAUGGUUUCCUCUUGGAGCUGUUGUGCAGAUAGGGGUUGUACUUGGUAAGACACCAAACAGAUUUCUAAUGUGUUCUAUGGGUUUCAGUUCUGAAAAAAAAAUAAAAGAUUUUAAUAUA